AUGCUGGAGACAAACAGCCACUCGGGGCGGCUGCCCAGGAAGCGUUUCUACAGAGCGCGGGCCCACAGCAACCCCCUCAGCGAUUCCCACUUCCCAAUCCCCAUCCGCCCCUCUGACGUGGAUUACGCCCAGCACUUCCCCUCCUUCUUCCCCUCCACUGCGGCCGCCGCCACCGCCACUGCCCCAAAGAUCCGCUUCGCCGACAUCGGCUGUGGCUUCGGCGGGCUCCUCGUGAAGCUCUCCACCAUGUUCCCCACCACCCUGAUGAUCGGCAUGGAGCUCAGGGACAAGGUGAGCGUCUCUUCUUCUUCUUCUUCUUCUUCUUCUUCUUCUUCUUCUUCUUCUGCAACUGUUUCCUGCAUAAUUGGAAUUUUUCUUUGUAUUGAAAAGGGGUCUUCUUUCUUGCUGAAUGGGGGGGCAGGUGACGGAGUACGUGAAGGAGAGGAUCCUGGCGCUGAGGGCGUCCAACCCGGGGCAGUACGAGAACAUCUCCGUAGUUCGGACCAACUCGAUGAAGUAUCUGCCGAAUUACUUCGAGAAGGGGCAGCUCUCGAAGAUGUUCUUCCUCUUCCCGGAUCCCCACUUUAAGGAGAAGAACCACCGGCGGCGGGUGAUCAGCCGCCACCUCCUCGACGAGUACGCCUAUGCGCUGGAGCUUGGCGGGGUCAUCUACACCAUCACCGACGUGGAGGAGCUCGGAGAAUGGAUGCGCUCGUGCAUGGAGGAGCACCCGCUGUUCGAGGCCGUGCCGGAGGAGGAGGUGGACGAAGACCCGGUGGCGGCACUGCUCUGCUCCGCCACCGAGGAGGGCCAGAAGGUGGCCAGGAAUGGCGGUGAGACCUACCGGGCAGUGUACAGACGUGUGAUGCAGAGCGAAUGA